AUGGGCAUCCAUGCUGUUAGCGUCAUGCUAGAGGCUCUCAAUAGAGAUGCCCAACAUGCUACUAUCGCCAAGUUCAUUCAAAAUGAACUUGACGCUGAACGCGAGAAAGUAGCCUUGCUUCACCAACAAGGUUCUCAACAAGCAGAGUUGUUGAGAGAACAGGGUGCUCAACAGUUUGAACUGUUGAGACAGCAGCAGGCUGCUGCUGGUGGGUCGAUGCACUCGCGUCGACCCGAAACCUUGAAGAUUGACAUCUCCAAGUAUAGGGGAGUCGAAGAGGACUCCCUCUUGAGAUGGUUCGUCGAAUUAGACGACGCCAUAUAG